AUGAUUAAUAAAACAACAAAGGAAGAGGCUAGAGAUCAGACCCCCCAAAGCUUCUAUGAAGAAUACUAUUACAUUUUGUUAUACUUUGGAAAAUUUUCUGUAAAACUUGAAGCUAUGGAGAAAUAUUCCUCUGCAAGAGACAACGCAAAAGAAGAAGAUGAUGAUAAAGAAGAAGAAGAAGGAGGAGGAGGAGGAGGAGGGUUGUUUUCGUGCUGGGGACGUCUCAAACUAAUGCUUCCAUGGAAAAGAAGAAAAAGAAGUCAUACAAGGCAAAGAAAUGUGAGGGUUAGUUACAGAAAUGUUACUCGCAAAUCCAAAGGAACAAGACAAGUUGGUGGUUUCAGGUAUGACGCCUUAAGCUAUGCUCAAAACUUCGACGAGAGUUGCUGGGAUGAUGGUAACGAGGACUCCUCUUAUCGUGGGUUUUCCUCUAGAUAUGCCGCACCUUCAUCGAAAUCAAUGCAAGGAUCAAAUGAACUAUGACAGGUGUGAUCCUAUAAAUAUUUUUGUUGCAUGAAAGAAAGGUGGUGUAUAUGUAAGUUAAUUUACAAGUACGAUAUUGUAAGAAAUAUAUUUCAUUUGUUUG